AGGCUACGCCGAGGUCGGGCUGCGAGAAUCGGGAUCGCUGACGAGCUGGUGAGCUUCACACCACCCUUUCGCUAAGCGCCGCCCCCAAUUCUCCCCCCUGGUCAGCAUACGGACGCCACUGUAACACGCAUACCGCAGACCCGGAGAUGAAAGGGUGUGUUGUGACAAUGCGGCAGAACAUAAGAUCGCCAGGCCGCCCGACGUUUUUCUCGCGCCCACCCUCGUUCUUCAAGCACCACAUCGGAAUUUGGUAAUCCCAGAAGUAGCCAUGGCCACACAAAGCCCCCUCCACCACUCCCGCCAGCCGCCACCUCCCACGCCCGGCGAAAACAACGCACGAGGCGACGGAGAGCCGCUUUUGGACUUCGGAUACAUUGACACUCAGUAUUCGAACCAGGAAGGAAAAGAUAACCCAGUCCAGUAUGGCCAGCAGCCCUGGCGCUACGUGGACGACGUCAGCUACCCGGGCGAUGUUGCCAACGCCUACCUCAGUAUCAGGUUCGGCAGGCGUGAAGAGUUCAUGAGAAAUCUGGAGGAACCGAACAGGACGAAGGUCAAGCGUGAGAUAGAUCGCAUCAACAAGACCCUGGGACGGUUCCAGACGUACACGGACAAGCAAGCUAUGUUUGAGGAACUCAAGACGGCUCGUGAGGAGUGGAGGAGCGAGGUCAAUGCAACCCUGUCAGAGCGCCGUAACGACGUGGAGAAGAAGCACACACAACCAGGACAGCAGCCGGAGAGGCGAGACAGAUACCGAGAGAGAUACCGCGCGCUUCUGGGAAGGCUGGAGAGCCAAGCAAGAUGCCAGCCGGGGGGAGACGCCAUGACGCCAGAGCCCAUUGUCGCAUCCGGAGGUAUCCUUGGCCCAGAAACCCCAGGAGCAACAGAAACUACAGAAGCCCCAAAAACCCCGGAACCUCUGGGACCCGACUGCGGCUUCAAGGCUAGAGUCAUGUACUUCAAGCAGCCGUCCGGCCCUGAUGGCGACAUGUGGGAGGGCUUUGCCUCGCCCCACGCCUGGUACAAGGGUGGUAAAUUCCCUCACCAGAAGAUAUCUGCACAGAAACUUCUGGACAAGGACGAGGGAAAUCCAUUGACCAAACGCGAGGACAAGUGCUUGCGCUGGUUCCACUUCCCAGUAAACAACAUGAGUUGGGUCGAGAAAGCCAUGGCGAGAUAUUACGGGGAGGAGGAUCUUGUCUGCAGAAUCAAGCCCCACAGCGAGAUGUCGGAGGCCGAAAGGCUGCUAUGCCGCGAAUUUUGGCGUGGGCAACUACAUGGGAGUGGCGAGAAGGCACCAAUCCAUGCAAGACACAUGCGAUCCAGGUUCUUCCUAAUCCCUCGGAAGCCAUCUACGGCUGCAGCGCCGUCCGCACAAGACACAGGCGGGAACAAAGCACCCCAGACAUCGUCUCAUGCUACCGGCACCAGCCAGAAGACCAAGGAAAAUAUUGCAUUGUUUAUACCGUAUCUCCACUGGGAAGCCAAUGGCAGACGGAGGCAGAUGGUCCAAGCCAUCAACAACGCAAACGGAAUCCCCGAGGCCAAGCAAAAGGCAAUCGAGAGGAAGACUCUCGAUCGAGUCGUCGAGAAGACCAGGCCGCGGGAAAUCAGAACCAAGCUUGGGAAAUAUCUUUUGCGGCUGGCUCGAGCAGCCGAAUCUAUUGACAGCGAGAUGGACGAGAAGCUGCUCAAGGGGAACUUAUAUAAUGAUCCACCGCUUCACGCCCGCCGCACGCUGGACCAAUACCACUUUCCCACGAUCGAGGACACGUCGGUGCGUGACAUGGAUCAAGUCGUCUUCCGCGAGACCUGGGAUAGGAGGGGGUCAUACGGUCGGAGCACCCGCGUCGUCAUGGUCGACCAGCUAUGGCUGUGGAUUCUUGAUGAUAACACCAUCAUUACCUCUUUUCCUCGCCGAUGGGGGAGAAACAAGCCGGACCCAUCGGGAGUGCACAAGUGCCUCAGGGACCGCCUGGCGAACAGCUCGACAAUCAACUCCAUCUACCAUCUGGCGUUGAUGAUAAUCGAUCAGUGUUCGAAUGUGUUUUUCGACCGCACCAAGCCCCUAGACCAGCGGCCCGAGGUUAUUGAUAUUUUUAACUCGGCUAUCGGAAACGUCACAGACUUAACCUCCAUCGCAUACGACUCGUUUUGGUUCAACGCGUCGGUUUCCCGGGGGGAGGUCUUCACGUCGGGCCUGAGGCCGGCGUCCUCGUCCGACACGCAGCGCAAGAGCAAGAAACCUGACCAGCAGCGCGAGAGCAAGAAAACCAACCUGUGGUAUCUCGACACCAGUGCAGCAGGGGCCGUGAUGCGCGAAAGCAAGAAAACCAGCCAGCGGUAUCUCGACAUCAACCCAGCAGGGAUCCUUUUGCGUGAGGGCCGCGACAUCGCCGAGGAGCUCAAGAUCAUGCACCGUAUCUUUUCUCAGCAGUGGCAGGUCGUCAAGGAUUUUCGGCGCUACCUUGGCCAGCUCGCCAGGUGCAGGCGAGGAGGGGAAAAGGAGACGCUGAGGCUGCUGUUCGGGAUACUUGGAGCCUUGAGUCGGGAGGAGGCCGACGGCGAUGGCGGCCUUGCAAGCUCCAUGCCGCACAUGCAGUCAGCGAGAUGGGACGAAAGCAACGCCGAUCCGGGCCCGUGGCUCGAAACUACCCUGCAGGAGGCUGAUAUGCUGCGGGAGAGCAUCGAGAGCAGGCAGGCUGAGAUCCAGGACCUCGAAGACUCGGCCCGCCGGACGUGUCUUCAGAUCGAGAGCUUACUAUCCCUCAAGCAACAGCAGGCGAGUAUAGUCGAGGCCAAGGCCGCGCUCGAGAGUGCGAGCGAGACUGUGAAGCAAGGGCGAUCCAUCAUGGCCUUUACCAUCGUCACCAUCUUCUUUCUGCCUCUCGGCUUCUUUGCGGGCUUCUUCGGCAUGAACAACCAGCUCAGUACCGGCAAUGAGUGGAUGACACUUGGCGAGCAGAUCAAGUACAUGUUCGCGCUGUCCGCCGCCGUCAUCACCAUCUCCGUCUUGAUUGCGUUCAACGCCUGGGUACGUGCCGUAUUAAUAUGCGUGGUCCGCAUCCCGCUCCUCAUGCUGGCUCAGUGGAUGGGGUUCUGGGUGUUCUGGGAUUCCUAUGGGGCUGGCCUGGAGAAAAAAGCCAGCAUGUGGGUUGGCAAGCUCCAGAGAGAGAGGGUGCGGAAAAAGGAGGCCAGAGCGAAGAAGGCCGAAGAAAAAGAAGCCGAGAUCAGAGAGAAGGAUGCGAAGACAAUGGAGGCGGCUGCGGCCCGUGCCGCGCUCUCCGCCCCGGGGCGAGAGCACAGCAAUGUAGGAAACGCGGGGCUGGUGGGGAGGCUUAAUGGGAGCUCUACCGCGACGGGCGGGUCUGCGGACGUCGAAAGCGGCCGGCGAAGCGAACCUGGUUCGUCGGCAGCCGGCUGGUUCUCGUUGCGAUCUAGGGGCACGAGGGGGGCGGGAUGGGGUGGGAAAUAACCGGGUUUGAAGGAGGCACUGCUCUGCAACAAGUCUUGAUUCUGGAGUUGUCCCAAGGCCCGAGCUGGAUGCUACAGUAGAUAAUACAGCUCAGCCUUGGUCCGAACCAGAAACCUCUGGAUCCUUUGUUCAGGCUUGAGCUGCAAGCUCCCCCGCCCUGGCUUGGCUUGGCGCUUAAGCAGUGUGCAGUCCGGGCUCGGGGAUCCGUACCCGGGGGCUUUCUUGGCGCCCCUACCUGCGACCGCCAGGUUGGCGCACCGCGAGCGCAAGUGCGCGACGCCCGAGGACUCGGUAGAUUUGAGCGGGAGCUUCUCGUUGCGCAGAACGUGGACACCUGUUUGCCACCACUACGGCGGCGCCGGGGGGGACGGGACGUCGCGCUCUACGACUGUGUAGCCUGCCUUACGCAGGCUGUCAACGCUCUACUACAGCGCCCGGCUGGAGCUGGUGCAGCCCAGCCCCGCUGGGC